ACCAAAUUCUACUUCAUCUUUAUACCAAACUUUUAAUAUUGGCCAAAUGUCACAACCCCCAUCACCAAAUUUUAUAAACUCAUCAAACAACUCAAUUCAAAAUGAAGCAGUUUCAGAUGAAGAAUUGGAGGAACAAUAUAAGGAAUACUUUUCCACAUUCAUAACAAAUAUUAUAGAAAAAGAACAAUUAUCCAACCUUAUAAAUGAUUUUUUUAAUAAUGAAAUCAAUUUAAGCAUACUAUUCAAAGAAUUUAAAGAGUUUCAAAUUAAUAAUAGUUCAUUUUUAAAUAGUUUGAUAGAGUUUUUUUUAAUUUUCGAUUGUACCAAUAAUAAUAAUGAAAUGUUAAAAUUUUUAAAAAAGCAUGGUGUUGAAGAAAAUGAUUUGGCAAUAGAUCAAAAAAGAUUAUCCCAUUUAUUUCAAGAAUUCGAAAGUGGAUUAAGAGGUCAAGAUAAAUCGUUUAAAAAAACAACAAGUAGAGGAUUAAGAAAUCCUCCAAAUAAAUGGACAAAAGAAGAAAGUUCAAAAUUAAUACAAUUAGUACAUGAAAAUGGUGAUAAACAAUGGAAAAAGAUUGCAGUACAAAUUGGAGGAGGUAAAACAGGUGCCCAAUGUGCUCAACAUUGGAAACGUGUAUUAUGUCCUGCAAUUAGAAAGGGUUCAUGGGAUGAGGAAGAGGAAGCAAAGUUAUUUAUAUUGGUUGAAAAGCAUGGUCAAAGUUGGAAGAAUGUUGCAAGUGAAAUUCGUACCCGUACUGACAUUCAAUGUAGAUAUCAAUAUUUUAAAUCGUGCAUGUCUAGGGAGGUACCAUGGUCCUCUAAAGAGGAUGAAAUUUUACAAAAGAAAGUUAUUGAAAGUAAACAAGAUGGUAAAGAAAUUGGUUGGAUGGAUCUUUCAAAAUCAAUGGCAAGAGCAAGACAAACUAAAAUUCCUAGAACCGCCUUAGAAUGCAAAAUAAGAUGGGAUUGUAUUUCAAUGGGCUCAAUAAUUGAUGGUUUACAUGACAAUAUCUCUUCAAACUUUUAAAAAAAAAAAAAAACUAAAAAAAAAAUUAAAACAAAUUAUAACAUCAAAAACAAUAAAAACAGUAUUAAAAUAUCGAUUAGUUUAGUUAAUAAAAUAAAAAUAUUUAUUAAUAAUAAAAUUUAUUAUUAUAUUUUAUAAAU